AUGCCAACCCAUGCGCCCGAUACGUCGUUUGGUCUCCCCGACUCCGAGAUAGCCCAACUCAAUGUCGCGUGUCCGGCUCCAUUGACCCCACCUCCAGAAAUCGACGCAGAUGAGGACUCGAGGCGUCUAGUCGCGCAGCAGGCACUUGCGGGCGGAGAUGAAGUCGACCGGCGGCCUGUCAGCGACAACACCGCUGCCGGCAUGGCACGGAUGCAAGAGGAGACUAUGUAUACCACCCCGCCAGGUUUCGAGGAGAAGCUUCAUUCCGAGGGCGCCGGCGAGACACCUAUGAUAGAUAGUGUCGAUGAUGACAUAGGCUUAAGCGAACGCAUCGAGAACGAUGGCGAGCGGCAGACAGGACGAUUUGACGCAGUAGCAACCACGCACGUCAUCGGCCAAGGCAAUGCUAGACAACAUAUAUCUGACAUGAGAAUCACGGCGAAUGAGACAGGAUCGGAAAACGGCGCAGGCGACCCGGGCAUCUCCCCGUCUUCGCUGACAUCGUGUACAAACAACCGGACUAGAGGCUUUCCUGGUGUUGGAGACAAUGCCGGGAUCCCAUCGAUCGACCAAGAACUCGACUGGUCGCACAAUGAUCUGAAAGAAUGGGACUUCUCUCAACGGCGACUUCGACCGCAAUAUCCCUCGGCAACGUUUCAACCCUAUUCCAAAUUCAAAGGCACCCAGCAGUCGGACCGACAGAUCUACAACGUUGAAGUGACCAUUUUGACCGUGGACAUCGAACAAUGCAGCAUGUCGGGAUACCUUCAAAUCUGUGGCCUGACACCGGACCAUCCAACGCUGACCACCUUCUUCACUGGCGAGAUCAUCGGCGGACCAAACCAGAAGUAUAGCUUCAGAACCCGGGAUCCCGCUUGGGGCGCGAGCGACAAGACGGACCUUACGCAUUGGGCCAGGUUUCCUGCAUGGCGACCGCUCAGUCUGCACGCUAAGCGCAACAUCAACUUUGUGUAUCCCAUGAACCACGAGAAUUGGUGGCAGCAAGAUUACAUCUUCAUGAGGUGGAAGGAGCAUUUCCUGGUGCCAGACUACAAGCUGAAGUCCAUUCAGGGAGCCAGUUUUGAAGGGUUCUACUAUAUCUGUUUUAAUCAGAUCGAGGGGAGACUCGAGUUGAAGCACGAGGGACAGCCAGGUAUUUGGAGAAUGGGCGUCUGUCCUGCAAUUGAGUUCCGCUGA